UUUUAGUGCAACACUGUGAAACUACUUGUACUUGUGUCAACGGCUUGACAGCAGCAAAUAGUGGCUUUGUCGGCUGCGCCUGAAUCCCGACACAAAAUGUCCGUUGCUUCUGCUCAUCAACAUGCUGUGGUCCUUAUCCUGGACUAUGGCUCACAGUACACACAGCUCAUUACGCGCCGCGUGCGCGAGCUGAGCAUGUUCUCGGUGCUGUUCCCUGGCGACGCUUCGCUGGACCGCAUCAAGGGCGUGAACCCCCGCGUGGUCAUCCUCUCCGGCGGCCCCAACUCGGUGCACGUUGAGGGCUCCCCCCGCGUACCCGAUGGCUUCUUCGAGUACUGCGCCGAGAAGAACGUGCCCGUGCUGGGUGUGUGCUACGGCAUGCAGAUGAUUACCCACCUGCUUGGCGGUGAGGUCAAGCCCGCCGUGCACGGUGGGGAGUAUGGCCGCAUGCCCAUGGACAUCGCUCCCUCGUCCCAGCUGUUUGACUUCCUGAGCAGCAGCACCGUCAAUGUGUGGAUGAGCCACGGUGAUGAGGCUGUCAAGCUGCCCGCCGGCUUCACUGCCGUCGCCAAGAGCCACCAGGGCGCCAUCGUGGCCAUUGAGAACUCGGAGCGCCGCAUCUACGGCUUCCAGUUCCACCCCGAGGUCAUGCACACGGAGCACGGCAUGGAGAUGAUCAAGCACUUUCUCAUCGGCAUCGCCGCGGUGCCCGCUGACUGGAACAUGGGCCAAGUGCUGGAGGAGCAGAUGGCCAAGAUCAAGGCGCAGGUGGGCCCCGAUGACCACGUCAUCUGCGCGCUGUCAGGCGGCGUGGACUCCACCGUGGCCGCCACGCUGGUGCACAAGGUCCUGGGUGACCGCCUGCACUGCGUGUUUGUGGACAACGGCCUGCUGCGCUACAACGAGCAACAACGCGUGAUGGACACGUUCAAGAACCACCUGCACCUGCCUGUGCUGUGCGUGGACCACUCCAAGCCCAUGCUGGACCGCCUGCGCGGCCUGUCGGACCCCGAGGCUAAGCGCAAGGCCAUUGGCGCGGAGUUCAUUGAGGUGUUCAAGAACUAUGCCAACGAGCUGGAGAAGACGCUGGGCCGCAAGCCCAAGUACCUGGUGCAGGGCACCUUGUACCCUGACGUGAUCGAGUCUUGCCCGCCCCCCGGCAGCGGCCAGAAGCACAGCCACACCAUCAAGUCGCACCACAACGUGGGCGGUCUGCCCAAGGACCUGCAGUUUGAGCUGGUGGAGCCGUUCCGGGAGCUGUUCAAGGACGAGGUGCGCGCCAUCGGCCGCCUGCUGGGCGUGCCCGAUCAGUUCAUCAAGCGCCACCCCUUCCCCGGCCCCGGCCUGGCGGUGCGCGUGAUUGGUGACGUGACGGAGGACGGCAAGCUGGACACGCUGCGUGAGGUGGACGAGAUCUUCAUCAACACCAUUCGCGAGUACGGCCUUUACGACGAGAUCUGGCAGGCGUUCGCCGUGUUCCUGCCCAUCAAGUCGGUGGGCGUGCAGGGCGACCAGCGCUCGCACGCGCACGUGGUGGCGCUGCGCGCGGUGACCUCGGGCGAUGGCAUGACCGCCGACUGGUACAGCUUCACGCCCGCUUUCCUGCGCGACGUGUCCAACCGCAUCUGCAACAAGGUCCGCUCCGUAAACCGCGUUGUCUACGACAUCACUUCCAAGCCCCCGGGCACAAUUGAGUGGGAGUAACGCGCUAGCGUGUGGUGCUUUCAGGCGUUGAAGUAGGGUGCGUGGGCGUACGGGCGUGAGCCAUUGGUCCAGUAAUAGUGACUUAGUGACUACAACAAACGCUGGGUGCGCAUGCUCCGUGGAUUGUGCGUGGCGGCGACCUGCAUGCCAACUGGCGGAAACUGCUGACUGACAUGUAAUAGGCACAUGACGAUGACGAGUUUGGACGGCGGAUGACGCUCGGGAUGACAAGCCAAGCAUAGGUAGGCUGAUGAAUACGGUUACGCGGUGGCAGCCCUCAACAACACCGCAUAGCACCUAGUGUUACGACAGGUUCGCAGGUCUGCAGUUUGUGGUAGGCAUGCCCUGGCUGUGCGAUUAUACGGGUGGCUUGAAAGAGGCGACCCCACCACGUGCCAUGGAGCACAAAUUUUGAGGAAUGAGCCUGAGGCAGGGGAACUCCUUGACUGGAGGCACUGGUAGGUGGCCGUUGUGAAGGCCGCAGGCUAGCAAUGAGCAGGUGCAGCUGAGUGCAAGGCAAGGGGGCGCUCUUCGACGGCGGCAUUUACGCCCUGUAAACUGAGCAAACGUACCAGUAUGCUUCUCUCAAAGUGUAGUACGUUGGGGAAUGUGUUGUGCAGGGGGGGAAACAGCAGGUGAGCAGGGGAUGGGGGCGUGGGGGCGGAACCGUGUCUGUGGGAUGCCGUACCAUGCAUACAUGGGUUGCGACACGCGAGCCUGAAGCUGUAACGGCAGCUGCAAGGCACUUCCAUGCAUCAUAGCUUUAAUGAAAACGGCAAAGACUUGCGUAUAAAUUUGCAUCGUACACUGCAUGGCGUGACUGCAAGACUCCGCGAACUUGCAUUUUUGGAAGAGGGGACGUGUACUGUGCAACCCUGAGCUACAGCAUUCGGGGAUCUCUCCUCGGGUGAGCGUGCGUGUCUCGUACGUUUUUGAGGCCCUGGCUUAGUCCACGGCUGUCGUCCCACAUGUAACCUCUAUCAGCU